UUUUUUCGUGUAAUUAGUUUACUUUGCAGUGGAUCGGCCCAACCUGAAGGAAUGCCAUCUUUGUUUUCUUGGUUGAUUAUUCAAGCUAAUACCCCCUCUUAAACCUAUUAAAUAUCAUGUCACGAUGCGAAUUUUCUACCAAAAUAAUCCCGGCUACUUGUGCCUGGAGUAUACUGCUCGGAGCAACAGCAGUAUUCUUUGCCUUCGUAUGUCCGUAUUUACUGGAAGCUGUUUCAAUAGGUAUUCCAAUCUACCAAGGGAUUGUGACAGUGUUUGUUAUUGCCAACUUUGGCCUUGCCACAUUCAUGGACCCAGGCAUUUAUCCUAAAGCUCAUGAAGAUGAAGUAAAAGAUGAAGAUUUUCGAGCACCAUUAUACAAGAAUGUAGAAAUAAAGGGUAUAACUGUGAGGAUGAAAUGGUGUACAACAUGUCAGUUUUAUAGGCCACCUCGGUGCUCACAUUGUAGUGUUUGUAAUAAAUGUAUAGAAACUUUUGAUCAUCAUUGUCCAUGGGUGAAUAAUUGUAUAGGAAAAAGAAAUUAUAGAUAUUUUUUCUUAUUUCUAAUAUCAUUAUUCAUACACAUGCUUAGUAUUUUUGCAUUUUCACUUUUAUAUGUACUAAAAAACAGAGACAAUAUAGGAGAAAGAGGAAACAUAGUGUCUAUUGUAGAAAUGAUAAUUAUAGGUUUAUUACUAUUUCCUGUUGGAGGUCUGAUGGGAUUUCAUAUGGUGUUAGUGUCUAGAGGGAGAACAACAAAUGAACAGGUAACAGGCAAAUUUAGAGGAGGACAUAAUCCAUUCACAAGGGGAUGUUCACAGAAUUGCAGAUAUGCAGUAUGUGGGCCACAAUGGCCAAAAUUGGUUUCCUAUGUGCCUAAAACAAGGACUAUUCAUAUAGACGCUAGUAAAGUGACUUAUCAUGCAGCUGGCAAAGGAGAUGUCAAAUUAUAUAGUGAUAAUUCUAAUGGAGUAAAACGAAAUUCUGCCAUUACCAAAAAUGCCACCCCUCAAUCUUCACGUCUUCUGGACGAUGACAGUCAAGACAGUGAGACAACGCCCCCUUUACAGAAAAGGUCAGACUCAAAAACAAAUCUUUUUGAUGAUUCACAGCAGCCAUCCAUGAAUUCAACCAUGGGAACAUACCAUAGUCAGACCAAUAAUAGAGCUUCACCUCCAAGACAGUAUCACCAUGGUAACAGCAUCUCCAAGUCCCCACAACGAGGAAGAAGAGCCGAGAGGGCAGCAGCUUUGGCGGCUGCACCAGUAGCCACACCAGAGGAUUCUGUUUUAACACCACCACGUUCUCUGUUAAAUAGUCCAGGCUUGGACCGUGUGUCACAUGCUAUGCGUAAUACAAGUGUUCCAAGCAGAGCUGUUGAAAGCAAUAAUUCUAAUAAUUAUGAUAAGGUUCGUGAACAUAACUCAAGGUCACAAAGUGAACCUAGACCUAAAAGAGAUACUGAAAAUCGUUUUAAAACUGAUUCUCAUCAGCCAGGUCAUUCUGGAAAUACAUAUUACCCUCAAAACAGUGCAUCAUCUAUACCGUAUCGACCUAAAUUCAAUUAUACUCACAAACCUCCUCAAUCGCCAUCAGCUAGGUCAGCGCCACGUUACUCACAAAAGACAAACGGCUACACGUCAAGAAGUGAGGAGAUGUUAGAUUCGUAUGGUCAGGAUAACUAUCGACCUAGUGAUGGGUAUAAUCAUUCAAAACAGAUGUACAACUCAGGUGAUUAUAGGGGGAGGUCACAUGACAGCCUCCCAACCAAUAGAUAUGCUGCACAGUCUCGCAGUGCAACUACACUUCCUCCCCAUACUCAAGCGCUAUUUGAUGAUGAAAUGGGCGGAUCUAGGCGUCCAUUGUCAUUCGUAAAGGCAUUAGAAAUGAGCGAAAUGAAUGGACAGAAUUCUAAUAACGGUAUAAAUAAAAAUCAUGCUAUGCCAAGAAGUCGGACAUUAUCACCUAGUGAAUCAAGACAGCCUUUACCAAGUCGGACUUCAACAUCAAAUAAUUCAAGACAAUCACAUCCUAGCCACAAACGGCCAAAUGAUAAAGCAGAGAAAAAGAAAAGUGUUUAUGAUACAUUUGAAGUAGCUGUAUGAUCUGUAUGUGUAUUAUAUUUCUUUAUUAAUAUCCAUCAAACCUUGGUCUUAAUUGGAGUAUGUUUUGAAUAAUUUCAAUUAUACUGUUCAAAAUAACUUUGUU